CCAACCGUAAAAUAGUUCCCUUUGACAGCAACAUUUAAAUUUUGAGCAAAGUGAAAGUGAAGGUGUGAAAAAAUAUCCCGAUGCGAAGCAGUACGUGGAAGAAAGUUACUUCAAUGUGAGACAUGAUUUUUCUUUUGAAGAUGCGUGUAGGAGUGCUCAAGCAAAGAAAGUAUUACCUUCUAAAAGUUCAUCUUCAUUAUCAUCUCCUCGCAUCUCAGCAGCAACUGUUCCGGCAAGAUCUGCCGUAAAGACUACUAAUAGCAACCUGGGUAGGAAAAAAUCUAUCUCUGAAAAUCCUCUUGCACAGUCUGUCCCAAAUUUCUCACCAGACAUGAGAAAAGAGAAUGCAAAACCUUCAUCUACAUCUACUAAAGCAACACGUUUACAUUCUAGAAGUUCUUCUCAUGGCAGAAGCACUAGAGAAGAGGUAUUCAUCAAAGAAGAUAAAUCUCGACGAUCAAAACCUUUAAGAAAAAACUCUGCAAAUGUGGGGGAUUNGAUCUGCCGUAAAGACUACUAAUAGCAACCUGGGUAGGAAAAAAUCUAUCUCUGAAAAUCCUCUUGCACAGUCUGUCCCAAAUUUCUCACCAGACAUGAGAAAAGAGAAUGCAAAACCUUCAUCUACAUCUACUAAAGCAACACGUUUACAUUCUAGAAGUUCUUCUCAUGGCAGAAGCACUAGAGAAGAGGUAUUCAUCAAAGAAGAUAAAUCUCGACGAUCAAAACCUUUAAGAAAAAACUCUGCAAAUGUGGGGGAUUUCAAAGAGGCAGAUUUUUUGAAUUCUGAAGAUGUUGUUCUGACACCAUUAAAGGACCACAAAGAUAGAGUCAAUAAUAAUUAUACAAAGAAGCUGGACUCAAAACCUUUCCAUAAGAAGAGUAAAAGCACAGAUAUUAGUUCAAGAGUCAAUUUUUCGAUGCAGAAAGACUCUAUCGCACCUGAGACCUUCAACAGCGAUGAAGAAGAGUAUGAAGAUGCGAUCUUUGAACCCGAGGAUCCAAUAAUCAAUGCAGUCAGGCAUGAAGGCGAUGAAGAAUUAGAAAAUGUGGGUUUGAGACAGAGUUGUCAAGAAUCUGAGGUUUCAACAGAUUUUGGGUCUGAAAAUGGUGAUCUCGUGAGAUCUUUUGCUCAUAUUGACCCUUAUAUGGUAGCUGAAUUGGCUACUAUUGCUCCAUCUAAACUAAACUCUACUGAACACGUGGAAAAUUCACCAGGAGAAAGUCCAGUGUCUUGGAACUCGCAUUCUUAUCCUCAUGAAUUGCCAGAUAUUGAUGGCUCUGUGGAUUAUUCCUCAGUGGGAAGUCCAACCUCAUGCAGAUCUCAGUCAUUAAGCCAACCAGAGGUUGAUGAUGCUUCUAGAACUAGGAGGAAAAAGUGGGGAAGUGCUCAGAAACCCAUACUGGCUGUUAGUUCUUCCCAGAGUCAGUCAUGCAAGGAUGUGACCCGGGGGUUUAAGAGACUACUAAAAUUUGGAAGGAAACCCCGUGGGAUGGAAAGCUUGGUUGACAAAUUUUCUGCCACUACAUCUGAAGGUGAUGAUGAUACUGAAGAUGGACGAGAUCCUUCCAAUCAUUCAUGUGAUGACUUGAGGAAAUCCAGAAUGGGCUUUUCUCGAGGGCAUCCUUCUGAUGAUAAUUUCAUUGAACACGAGUUUUUAGGCGGAGAAGGUCAAUCCUUGCAGAGUGCUAUUCCAGCCCCUCCUGCUAACUUCAAGCUGACAGAUGAUCAUUUAUCCGGGAGCUCACUAAAAGCUCCGAAGUCAUUUUUUUCAUUGCCAACCUUUCGUAGCAACAAGGGAAGCGACUCCAAGAUUAGAUGAAUUUCUAGGCUCAUGCUUGGGGUACGUUUGUUUUUUCAUAGCAAGUAAUGAUGGUAGAGAUGGAUGUGAUGCCAAUUGGUUGUGAGUAUCCUAUAGUAUUUGUCUACAAUGUGUGAAGCCAUGUUUGCUCUUUGAUAUAUAUAUAUAUAUAUAUAGUAUGUGUCUAUGGGUGUUGAUUUGGGGCACAUAUUUCUGUAUAUUUGUUGAGAAAAGCAAGUUACAUUAGCGGAGAAUAUAUGCAAUUUUGGGGUUAAAAGUAUGGAGUUCAUGUACUAAACAAAAACAUUCAAUUUAAUCAUUGUACUUGAAAGGACCAUGCUACACUUACACCAAAACAUAUACCCCAUUUGUACACCACAAUUUUGUACAAACAUUUUGAUGGUUUACACCGACACAAGUGUUGGUGCAUUAACAAAAAUUUACACGGACACAAAUGUUGGUGCAUUAAAACAAAGUUAGUUUUACACCAACACAAAAUGUUAGUGCAAAACUGCGGGAUACAAAUUGGGGUAUAUAUCUUGGGGUACAAAUAGCAUAAUCCUACUUGAAAUUGUAUCAAUUCUUUGUACUUGAGAUUGUUUUUAAAUACUCAUACGUCUCAUUAUGGGGUUGUG